AUUGAUUUAUUAUUUUUGAAAGGUUUAUCGGUGAAGAAUCGUCUGAGAGCAAGAUAACCCUGACUGAUGACCCAACAUGGAUCAUUGAUCCGGUUGAUGGAACCAUGAAUUUCGUCCAUGGAUAUCCGAACGUCUGCAUUUCAAUUGCUCUAGUUCUCAACAAAGUGACUGAAAUCGGAAUUAUUUACAAUCCAUUCAUCAACUGGAAUUUCACUGCGAAAAGGGGUCGUGGAAGCUUUCUCAACGAUAAGAAAAUCAGCGUCUCCAAAAAAAAAGAAUUAUCUUUGGCCCUGAUUGGAUUCGAAUUGGAACAAGUCGUAAUGAGGAGAAGGGAAAAGUAGUCCUGGAGAAUGUUAAUCGUUUGGCUCCUGUAGUUCAUGGGUAAGUUC